CAUUCGCAGGGGUGGCGGGGAUUCGUGUACAGUAGUGACGUGUCCGCGCCUGUGUAGCUCGGUUUUGGGGGUUUGGAGCUCUUUGUUGUUCAGGAGUUGUGCUGUGCCUUUGGUUUUCUGUUGUACUGCGUUUUGAUGCUAGGUGUCCUGACAUUGGCUAAGAGAGGUUACGUAGGAUGAUCUGAUGCUGGUGCAGUUAUGCACUUCAAUGGCUAACCAUUGUUGUUAAUAGAGGGUAGUUGCAAUACACUUUUGGGUUGUAUCGUCAGACACUGCUAGAUUUGUCGAGGCUCCUGGUUGCGGGUUGUGUGUGGCGUAUAUUCAGGAGUUUUGGGAGGGCAGCUCUCUAAACUAUAUGCAAAAGUGCACGACACCCUGUUUUGCAAUUGUGUGCGCAUACAUGAAAUGCUGCGACGUAUCGACGAUUCCGCUUUACCGAUGCUUCGAGCUCGUGACAGAUGCAAAUGGUACGGCAUACCUCUGAGGCUGUGGUCUGCACCGAAAGCUGCCUGUUACGAGUAUAACAUGUAUGCGUUCAAAUACUCUACUGCUGCUGCUUGCUUUUAGACGAAGAGGGGCUCUUGGUAUCAAUUGUUGUAUCUGCCAACUUUUGUUGGUAUUGUUUCUGGGCGUUGCCCUUUACACAUUCUGCCUAGCUAAUUAGCAUAAAACAAAUAGAAUUUACAUAGCUUGCAGGCGGACCGUUUGUGUGGUGCAUGCAAGGAAAUGAGCCGAGGACAGACGGGAGAAAGCGGAGUGGCGAUGUGUACCCACUUUUGUGUAGCUUGUUAAGAUGUAUUUAUGGCCGAUGUUCAAGAGCUGGGUAAAUAAUGCACUUGGCUAACCCUCCUGGCCAGCAUGGAGUCGGGGCCAGGCCUAUGUCGUUUCGGCUGGAAAUUCCCCAUUACUCACCGCAUUCUACACACGAAUAUCAGCGCUGCUGCUGUAUUGCCUCUACCCACUCGGCGGUGGCUCCUGUACAGCACUGUGGUGGAGGGACGGCAACACUCCUUAAUCAUCAGCUAGACCGUGCUCUUCACAGGAGGCGCAGGGGCCGCUCUCCGUGCCCCCCCAGGGACGCGUCUUCCUCCCCUCCUCAGCUUACGCAACACUCGUCACCGCCUUCUUCCUUGGCCGUUGGCCGACAACCUCUGCGCCUGGGCUGUACGGCGUUCACCUCAGCUGAGCUUGCACCGCAGGCAUCUCUGGCUGAAGGUGCAGGCCACGGUGGGGCAGGACAGGGGUGCGGUGCGGCGGCGGGAGGAGUUCGAGAGACGGCAGGGGAGUGGUGCCUGGUGCCCUCCCCAUGGACGCAUUGGCCGCCGCAGCCGGGAACCGUGCAGGACCAGUCAUCAUGCGCGCUACUGCUCAUACCACCGUCGUCUCAGCAGGGGCAGCAGCAGCAGCAAUGGCGGCGGCAGCAACAACAGCACUUGUCGGCACAUGACUGCGCCGCUGCGGUGGCGGCAGAUGCAGCCCCCAUGCUGCCACGACGCCGGCAGAAGCGGCAGCAGUCGCCGGUCCAUGCGGCAGGCAGCUGCGUUGAGGUGGACAGCGGCUCGGCCUGCAGCCGCAGAGCUGGCGACGGCAACACCGACAGCCACCUCUUGCGAACGUUACAUGCGGCGACGACGGAGGCGGCAGAGGCAGCAGCUACCCAGUGCUGGCCAGCCCAGGCUGCAGCGGCAGGGGCAGCAGCAACCUGCCAAGCAGUGCUGGUGCCGCUCUGGGAGGACGUGAGGGUGGAGAAGGCAGUGGCUUGGCUUGAUUCCCGUGCCGGGUAUCAGCCCCAGCAGGAGCAGCAAGCGUGUGGCAGGAUAGACACAUGGGAGCUUCCGGCGGGCUCAUCACCUCCACCUCUACCCCAGUUGAAGCCGCAUCCGCAGCCGAAGCCGAAGCUGCAGUGCGAGCAGCGGCAGAGGCGGAAGUGUCGACGGCAGAGGCGGUUGCGGUUGCGGCUGCGUUGGCCUUUCCAGUCUUUCGCGCUCUGCGGUCGCUGUAAGGACCGCCAAGCGCGGCCUGGACAGUUGUGGCGGCGGCGGUGGCGGGGCGGUGUUGUGGAUGGUAGGCCGGGAGGGGGUGAUGCACCGCCGUGGCGGGCUGAAGAAGCGGGUGUGGGUGUGGGUGCAGCAGCCGUCCCGGAUGAUGAGGCAUUGCUGCCCGGCGGUGCUGGAAACGGCGUCACAGGAAGGCGCAAUCACACGGCGGCAGCAGCUGAAGCACACGCAGGGGCGGAAGCGACACUCCCGGGAUUAGCCGUGCCAGAAGCGACGAGCGACGCACUGCUGAGAUCGGCACCAGCGCCGCCAGCGAUGGAGCGAACCGCUGCCGUACGAUCCGUAGCAGCCGCAAUGCCGUCGGUGACGCCCGCAGCUGCAACACUGCUGCCCGGUCCUAAACCGCCAACCGCCGCUUACAAAGGUUUGUGGAGUAGCAGCACCAGUGUAAGCGGAGGCUCCGUAGGCAGCUGUCGCAGCAGCAGCAGCAGCGGCUUGGCCAGUGGCAUAAGCGACACCGGGGAUGCCGCCAGAAAACCGUGCUCGUCAGCAGUGACGGGCACGAAAGCUACUGCCACUACUAACGCAGCAAAGCUCACUCGCGUCAUCACCCGCUGUCGUACCUGGAGGGAGCUGCAGACUGCCGUACACGCGUACGGCUUGGCCCGCAUGAAUGCCGUACACGUAUCGGCGGCGUUGACGGUGUUGUCGCGCAUGCAGCUUUCGCUGCUGCGUCAACCGCCGACACCUUGGAAUCCGCUGACGUACAGUGAUUCUCCUAGCGGCAAUGGUGGUGGUGGUGGUGGCGGCGGCGGCGGGGCCGGAGCUGCUGCUGGAGAGGCCGCGGCCGCAGCAGCAAGGGAAGAGCUACAGGCGCUGAUAGCCGGGCUGCUGGGCGCCUUCCAUCGCCACCUGCUGGCCACCUGGAGCGCUGCAGCCGCCACCACCACCACCACUAGCAGCACUACUACAACUCCACCUGGCAGCAGCAGCAGCAGCAGCAGCAGCAGCAGCAUUGAUGUCGCUAACCACCGCAGUAGCGAGCUUCUGGAAGCAGCAGGGGGUAACAUUCCCCUAGCAGCAGCAGGAGCCGCAGCAAGCGCGGCAGCAGUGGCAACGGGGAUUGGGCCUUCUUCCUCUCCGGCUCCUGCUGUCCCCACUCAGCAGGGUAUGCCAAGCGAAUGCCCGGGUCUGGGUCCCCGGCAGCUCGUAAACGGCUUGGCGGUACUGGCACGGCUCCGAGCUGCAAGGUGGGCUGAUGCGGGGCCCGGCGGCAGCAGUAGCGGUAGCAGUCGGGAGGUGGUGGGGCUGGCAGUGGCGGCGGCCGCUGCCUGCUGGAGACUGGAGGAGGCGUUCCCGCCGCAGGAGCUGACAACGCUGCUUUCCUCCGUUGCCAAACUAGGCUACCGGCCGAGUCCCAGCUGGAUGGAGGCCGUGUGUGCCGCCGUCAGCGCCGCCGCCGCUGCCGGCCGCCUGUCACCCCGCCAGCUGGCCACCGCGCUCUGGUCCCUGGCGACACUCCGCUACCGCCCCUCGCCGACCUUCAUGAACACAUGGCUCAGAGCCUCCGCGAUCGCGAUGCCGUACUUCAAUGCGUACGAUGUUAGUCAGGCGCUGUGGUCCCUGGCGACGUUACAUCGGCCGUCGGCGAUGACGUCGGCAACUCAUGGCCUUCCCAAGGCAUGGGUCAACGCGGCGCUGGCGCGUGCGGCGGCGGUGCUGCGGCCCGGCGCCGCCGCCACCCCUCAGGACGUGUGUAACACCCUUUGGGCCGUUGCGAGGCUGCAGCUAGCGCCGCCGCCGGCAUGGUCGGCAUCCGUGGCGGCGACGCUGCUGACGGCGCCGUACGGCACCCUGCAGCGUUGCCGUCCGUACGACAUCGCAUCGUUGAUGUGGGCGGUGGCGACGCUGCUGUGUCGAACGCCGCCGCCGGCGGCGCAGUUGCAUCGCCUGACGGACGUGGCGGCCGACUUGGCGGCCGCGGGGCGGCUAAGCGAGCAAGACUUGGGUAACGUGCUUUGGUCCCUCGGGGUUCUGCGGCUCCUGCCGGAUCGCCGGGUGUUGGGGGCACUGUGCGCGGGGCUGGCGGGGGCGGCGGCCCGGGGACAGGCGGGGCCGCAGGUUGUGGCGACCGCGGUUUGGUUCCUGGCGCGGCUACGGCUGAGGCCGGAUCGCCGCCUGCUGCUUAGCCUGCUGACGUCCGCAAGUCGCUGUGCUGCCGCCGCAGCCGCAACCGCCGCCGGCGACGGCGAAGCACAGAGCGGCGUCAAGGUGGUCGCCUUCGGGUCACACAGCGCUGCUCUCCUGUUGUACGGCUUGGCACGGCUGAAACACCUGGACUGCCUGCCGCUGUCCCUGGACCUAGUCGGGGACGCCACGGAGCUGUCGCCGCCGCCGUCGCCGCCGCCGUCGGCAACGACGACAGCGGCGGCGGCGGCGACUGGGCAGUCGCUGUCGGCCGCAUUGCCGCCGCCGCCGUCAUGGCUUCGCCCCAUCCUCAACGCAGCGUUGCAUGGCCUGACAGCAGCGGGGUUCGAGGCGUCCAAUGCAGGUGCCGCCGCUGGCAACGUGGUAGCGGGUGGUGGCGGCGGGUCGCCUCAGCGGACGCUGCCGGUGCUCCUGUGGUCGGUGGCGCGGCUGGGGUACCGGCCUGAGGAGAGCUGGGUGCGGUGCGUGCUGGUGCACAGCGUGGAGCUCCUGCCGCUACUGAGCCUCGCGGAGACAUGUCUGGUGGUUUCCGCACUUCGCUGGCUGCGCUGCCGGCCGCCGCAGCUGUGGUUGCAGCGGGUGCAGCAGCUGCUGCGGACUCGCUGGCUGCCGGCGCAGCAGGAGGCGGCCAGGGCGCUCGCGGAGGCAGAGGCGGAGCUGCUGCGGCUGCAGCAGCCAGCGGCGGAGGCAGGGCAGCACCCGACGCCCCCGAUGCCGACCCCGAUGCAGGGGAGCCUCAUACAUGGCGGGCUGUCAUUAUGCCGACCGCGGCAAUCAGACUUGCUGCGUCAGCAACAGCAGCAACAACGGCACCAGGAGCACUUGCAGCAGGACGGGCGGCAGGGGCGCCAUCAGGAAGGCCAGCAAGAGCGGCCGCAGCAGCUACAGCUGGCAGAGCUGACGCUCCAGGCGCUGCACGAUUGGGAGGAGCGGCUGCAACGGGAGGUGUUCUGGCGGCGAGGCCGGGAGGUACACCUGCGGACGUCACUGCACAGGCUGCGGCUGGGGCUGCGGGCACUGCAUGCGCGUGAGGACCCGCCGGGACCCCAGCAGCGGCAGCGGCAGCGGCAUCAGGCGGGUGGCAGCAACCAAUCCAGUAGCGGUAAUAACAGGAGGCGGUAUAGAGCAGCAGCAGUAGGCACGGCAACAACAACAACCCAGCGGAUCGGCGGAGCAGGGAGACGGGUAAAGGGGAAGGCAGAGGGCUCCAGCAAGCGGUUGUCUCAUGCUGUUAUAGCCCCAUCUGAAGAGCAGGGCACGGGUUCGGGCCGGAAUAGGCUUUGAGGGUGUAGGCACCCGGCGAACGAGGGUGUUUUGCAUGAGUGAGUAGUAUGCACAGCGAAAAGAGAGAGGGACGGAGAGAGGCAAGCGAAAGCGUGAUACGGGGUAUGUAUGACGAGAUAGGCAAGAUAGGUAAAGGAGGGGCCGUGUCUCUUAAGUGGUGCAGGUGGCGCAGGCCAGGUCCGCCGGGCACUCAAUGUGGUGCAAGGUGUUGCAGCCUUGUUGUUUGUUUCGAACCCUUGACGUCGGUAGCGUUUCAUAGCAGUUGAGAGUGGAGCUUCCCAGGACAGUCUCUUACAAGUGUAGAGUAGGGGUAGAACGGUAGGGUAGGAGCUGCAGUGUGGGCAAAGACGCAGGUGGCUGUCGUUGCUAGUUAAUGUGAGCUGAGCGGCUUGUGGUGGAAAGCACGUGGCGAGAGCAGCGUAAGAGUGUAUGUGUGUGUGAGAGAGAGAGUGAGUGGGAGGAGACGUGUCUUCCUGGAUAGUUUUUUUGAGUGCAUCAUUCGUGUGUGGAGAGGCAGGCUUGGAAUAUGCGGCUGCCAUCAAGGAGGAAGAAACGUGCUGCAAGUGGAUGUUUACCC